CUAUAUAAAUCAAAGCUUAAAAAUCGCUGCUCUAAAAACUAUGAUAAAGCAAAAAAGAAGGUGUUGGAGAUAGAAGAAUGCAAUAGAGACAGGGCUCUCAAUGAAUAUAAGAAUCAAAUAUAUCUGAAGAAACUUCAUAUCCAA